AUGCAGUUUGUAGAAGUCGUUCAAAAGGUCUUCGGUGACUACCAGAAGACCACUCCACAAAAGCUCAAAAUCAUUGAUGCUUACAUGUUCUACAUCCUGAUCACUGGAAUCAUUCAAUUCGCAUAUUGUUUGAUUGUUGGAACUUUCCCUUUCAACUCAUUCCUUUCCGGAUUCAUAUCAUGUGUUACUUCUUUCGUCUUAGCAUCUUGCCUCCGUAUUCAAGUAAAUGAUGAGAACAAAAGCGAAUUCUCGCACAUCUCUCCUGAACGUGCUUUCGCUGAUUUCAUCUUAGCUCAUGUCGUCUUGCACCUUGUUAUUGUUAACUUCCUCGGUUAA